GCUCCUCCGGGGCUGCGCCUUGCCUGAGGCGGCGCAGCGCGCCCCGCCGUGCCCCGGGCUCCCGCGGGACGAUGUCGCAGGAUCACGACAUGGACAAGACGAUCAAGGAAACCUCCAUUUUAGAGGAAUACAACAUAAACUGGACUCAGAAGCUGGGAGCUGGGAUCAGUGGGCCUGUUAGAGUCUGCAUGAAAAAAUCCUCCCAAGAACGCUUUGCACUGAAAAUCCUCCUCGAUCGUCCAAAAGCUCGAAACGAGGUACGUCUGCACAUGAUGUGUGCAACACAUCCCAAUAUUGUUCAAAUAAUUGAAGUUUAUGCUAACAGUGUGCAGUUCCCACAUGAAUCCAGCCCCAGGGCUCGGCUCCUAAUUGUAAUGGAGAUGAUGGAAGGGGGAGAGCUCUUCCACAGAAUCAGCCAGCACCGGCACUUUACUGAGAAGCAAGCCAGCCAAGUAACAAAGCAGAUAGCUUUGGCUUUGCAGCAUUGCCACUCACUAAACAUUGCACACAGAGACCUCAAGCCUGAGAAUCUCCUCUUCAAGGAUAACUCUCUGGAUGCACCUGUUAAAUUGUGUGACUUUGGGUUUGCCAAAGUAGACCAAGGUGACUUGAUGACACCCCAGUUCACUCCCUAUUAUGUAGCACCUCAGGUAUUGGAGGCACAAAGAAGACAUCAGAAAGAAAAGUCUGGUAUUAUCCCCACGUCUCCAACCCCUUACACUUACAACAAGAGCUGUGACCUGUGGUCCCUGGGGGUCAUUAUCUACGUGAUGCUGUGUGGGUACCCCCCCUUUUACUCCAAGCACCACAGCCGGACAAUUCCCAAGGACAUGAGGAAAAAGAUCAUGACGGGGAGCUUUGAAUUCCCAGAGGAAGAGUGGAGCCAAAUCUCAGAAAUGGCAAAAGACAUUGUGAGAAAGCUACUGAAGGUGAAACCUGAGGAACGAUUGACCAUUGAGGGGGUGUUGGACCAUCCCUGGCUCAAUUCCACAGAGGCCCUGGACAACAUCCUGCCCUCUGCACAGCUGAUGAUGGACAAGGCCAUGGUGGCAGGGAUCCAACAGGCUCACGCAGAACAACUUGCAAACAUGAGAAUCCAAGACCUCAAAGUGAGCCUGAAACCCCUUCACUCCGUGAACAACCCGAUCCUGCGCAAGCGGAAACUCCUGGGCACCAAGCCAAAGGAUGGUGUUUACAUCCAUGACCCUGAGAAUGGAAGCAAUGAUUCCAAUGUGGCCCUGGAGAAGCUGAGAGAUGUGAUUGCUCAGUGCAUUCUACCACAGGCUGGUAAAGGAGAGAAUGAAGAUGAAAAGCUGAAUGAAGUGAUGCAGGAGGCCUGGAAAUACAACAGGGAGUGCAAGUUGCUGCGAGACACCCUGCAGAGCUUCAGCUGGAAUGGCAGAGGAUUCACAGACAAAGUGGAUCGACUGAAACUGGCAGAAAUCGUCAAACAAGUGAUUGAAGAGCAGACAAAUUCCCACGACUCUCAAUAGCUGGAGCUUCUUAAUCUUAUUUUUUUUACCAUUUAAGAUUUAUUCUUUAACUGUAAAAAGUAUUUUUAUGUAAAUUAAUAAAUCAUAAUUAUUUCAUUAAAUUUCCAUACUGCUUGAAAAUGCUGUAUAGUUGUAGAUACAAAAAAAAUCAUUGGUACUGUAAUAUUUUUUUAAAACUCAGUUCCUCAAGGUAUAUAUGAUCACUUAUGUACUGUUAAUCAUGAGCCCCCCAAAUGGGGUGGAUUUUAUUGUUAUAAACCAUUCUUUUUCUUAAUAACCAGUUGCAGAAGCUACCUUUCACCUGCCACAUCCAGCCCCUGCAGUGACUGUAUGCGAAGGAGAGCCACAGUUUCUCAAGCCCCUGCUCAGUGAGUACUUGAAGCAAGUGCUGUGAAAUGCAAAUUCACAGCUCCCCUUGGCACCUAAAUUCCGGGUCUUUAGGUAGAGAAAAAUCAGUUAAAUAACCUUCAGUCUGGCUUGGUGCCUUACCCAGGCACCUUGAGGCCAUGUGCUUGCUGAAAUUUUCAGUUCUGAGAAGUGACUCUUUUUUUUUUGUCUUCCCCAUCUCCCUCAGACUUUCUUUAAGGCUUAACCUCCUCUGUUUCUUCCUCCUCAUCUUCCUCAGAGCUUUUUAAAGGCUGAAUCAACCAUUCAGCACAAAACUCUUCUUUUUCUCACCUUGUCCAACAGCAGAACAGAAGA